UUUAGUCAUGGAAGCUCAAAAUUUUAUAGAGGGAGUAAUUUCAUAUUCGAGCAUCUGUCUCACAAUUUUACCCUCUCUGUGUAUACACCACAACCACCGAACCUCUGUCUCAGCCAACCUUACCACCGCAAAUCAACAAAUCUCACAGCGAUCAAACCUCACGACCACGAUCCUCAGCACCGUCGGUCCCCAUACGCCGCAAAUUAGCACCGUCACCGCCGCUAGCAGCAAGAAAGGCAUCAUCUAGGAGAGAAGUCCUUCAUACUGAUUUUCUCACACCACCCAUCCUGAACGAAUCUAUUAUAGUAUUGGGAAAGUUAGCUAACAUCAAAGCAGUGGCUUAGGGAGGAUACGCACAGUCUUCCAGGCUGAGCGUUGUCGACUUUCAAUUGGACAUCCACAAGCAUUUACAACCAAUCUAGAUAUUGUUGUGGCAUUAAGGCAAGUCAUUGAAUGUGCAUUAUUCUUUGAGUGUAUUUUUAUUUAUUUUUUUUAAAUAAAAAACCUUCUUUGUUAAAUGGUUACUCUUGCCAAUGUCACAGUAAACUUUGGGUUUCACCCUUGUUCUCAUGGUGACUUCCUUGGCACAAUUCUUGGUGCAGAGAUUGCUAGGGAGAAGUUGGGGGAUAUCAUCUUACAGGGAGAAAGGGGAGCUCAAGUUCUUAUUGUUCCAGAACUUGUUGACUUCAUCACAGCAGCAUUGGACAAGGUUCCUGAAUGCAUUGACAAGCUUGCACAAGCUGGAAUAAAAAUAUGGGUUUUGACAGGAGAUAAGAUGGAGACUGCAAUUAAUAUUGGUUUUUCUUGUAGUUUACUUAGAGAAGGAAUGAAACAAAUAAUAUUAAACUCGGGGGCACCAGGGUUUAAAGCCCUAGAGAAAGCUGGGAAUGAGUCUGCCAUCUGUGAGGACUAUUAAGGCAACCCAAAUGGGGUCAUUUGAAAGAUCUGCAUAGAGCGAUAAAGUUGUGUGAGCCGGCUUUAGUAUCAGGAGAUCCCACUGUGAUCCCUCUUGGGAACUAUCAGGAGGCUCAUGUUUGCAAUUCAAAGUCUGGAGAUUGUGCCCGCGUUCCUUGCAAACUACAAUUCUAAUUCCUUUGCAAAGUUGGCUUUUGGGAAUAUGCACUGCAACCUGCCUCCUUGGUCCAUCAGCAUUCUUCCGAACUACAAGAUAUGUUUAUCGAACUGAUUUAUUUUGUUAUUGUUAUUAUUGUUUUUGUUAGAGUCUUAAUCUAUAGUCCCUAAAAGUUGGCCAGCAGUUUCUUCAGUUGGUGUUCUAACUCAACAAUGAAAUAUGUAACUGAAUGAUUUUUCAUUUCUCUAGUUGAGGAUGUUUUCGUAAUAUUAGAAGACUUAGCAGCAGAACACCUGGUGUUUGGAUACUCUGAAGGACUUCAUUAUGAUGUGGAAAAGGUAAGCACAUGUUUUUUAUGAAAAAUUCACUUUCCCUGAAUUGAUUACAGUAAAUUAAAUGGUUGAACAGAGUACAUAAAUGAUUGGGUUUCACAUAGAGUAAAUUAGCAUAACAAGAUUGUAUAAAUUUUAUGAAGCUUAACAAGAUUACUAAUGCAAUUCAAUUUCCUUCCCACCUGUUUUAAGACUAGGAACUACAUACAUUCAUUUAAGUUAAUUGAAAAAA